AUGGCUGGCAGAGCCAUCUACAAUUAUGAUGCUGUCCAAGAUGUGGAGCUCUCCUUGCAAGUUGGUGAUACUGUUCACAUUUUGGAGAUGUAUGAAGGCUGGUACCGAGGAUACACACUCCGGAACAAAUCUAAGAAGGGCAUUUUCCCAGAAACAUAUAUCCAUUUGAAAGAUGCAAUCGUGAAGGACCGCGGACAACAUGAAACAGUGAUUCCAAGUGAAUUGCCCCUUGGACAAGAACUCACUUCUACCCUGAGAGAGUGGGCAGUUAUCUGGCACAAAUUAUAUGUGGAUAACAAGACGACACAGUUCCGGCAUGUCCAGCAGAUGACCUACAGCCUGAUAGAAUGGAGGUCACAGAUCCUGUCUGGAACCCUUCCCAAAGAUGAGCUGGCUGAGCUCAAGAAGAAAGUCACUGCCAAGAUUGACUAUGGCAACAGGAUCCUGGGGCUGGACCUGGUUGUGCGAGAUGACAAUGGGAACAUCUUGGACCCAGAUGAAACCAGCACCAUCUCACUCUUCAAGGCCCAUGAAACUGCAUCCAAAAGGAUUGAUGAAAGGAUCCAGGAGGAGAAGUCCCUGCAGCAGAACCUGGACCUCCGAGGGCAGCCAAUAUUCAACACAACACACACAUACAGCCUCUAUGUGAACUUCAAGAAUUUUGUUUGCAAUAUUGGAGAAGAUGCAGAGCUGUUAAUGAGCCUCUAUGACCCUGAUCUCUCCAAAUUCAUCAGUGAAAAUUAUCUGGUUCGUUGGGGCAGUAAUGGGAUGCCUAAAGAAAUUGAGAAGCUAAAUAACCUUCAGGCAGUCUUUACUGAUUUAAGCAGUUCUGACUUGAUCAGACCAAAAAUCAGCUUGGUGUGUCAGAUUGUGAGGGUGGGGCACAUGGAGCUGAAGGAUGGGAAGAAACACACCUGUGGACUCCGGAGGCCCUUUGGUGUGGCAGUGAUGGACAUAACUGAUAUCAUACAUGGAAAGGUGGAUGAUGAGGAAAAGCAACAUUUUAUUCCAUUUCAGCAGAUUGCCAUGGAAACAUACAUCAGGCAGCGCCAGCUCAUCAUGUCCCCACUGAUAACUUCCCAUGUGAUCGGAGAAAAUGAGCCCCUCACUUCUGUCUUCAACAAAGUCAUUGCUGCAAAGGAAGUGAAUCAUAAAGGGCAAGGUCUUUGGGUCUCCCUGAAGCUGCUUCCUGGUGACCUAUCUCAGGUUCAGAAGGAUUUUUCCCACCUUAUAGACAGAUCAACUGCUGUGGCUCGGAAAAUGGGGUUCCCUGAGAUAAUCCUUCCUGGUGAUGUUCGAAAUGAUAUCUAUGUCACCCUGAUCCAAGGGGAGUUUGACAAAGGGAAGAAGAAGACUCCCAAGAAUGUAGAAGUCACCAUGUCUGUACAUGAUGAAGAUGGAAAUCUCCAAGAGAAAGCCAUCCAUCCUGGUGCUGGUUAUGAAGGUGUCUCUGAAUAUAAGUCUGUUGUUUAUUAUCAAGUCAAGCAACCUUGCUGGUAUGAAACUGUUAAGGUGUCCAUUGCAAUAGAAGAAGUCAGUCGCUGCCACCUGAGAUUCACGUUCCGUCAUCGCUCGUCUCAGGAGUCUCGGGAUAAGUCUGAGAGAGCUUUUGGCAUGGGCUUUGUGAAGCUGAUGAAUGCAGAUGGAACAACACUGCAAGAUGGCAAACACAAUUUGAUUGUUUACAAGGGUGACAACAAGAAAAUGGAAGAUGCUAAAAGCUAUUUAACUCUUCCUUGUACCAAAACGGAGGUGGAGGAGAAGGAGGCCCCCUCAGGGAAAAAUCUGCACCAUCUAGGCAACUUCACACCCCCUAAAGACAGCACAAAAGACAGCUUCCAGAUUGCCACUUUGAUCUGCUCCACCAAACUUACCCAGAAUGUUGACCUGCUGGGUCUGUUGAACUGGCGUUCUAACUCCCAGAACAUAGCUCACAACCUGAGGAAGCUGAUGGAGGUGGAAGGAGGAGAAAUUGUGAAGUUUUUGCAAGACACCCUCGAUGCACUUUUUAACAUCAUGAUGGAAAUGUCAGAAAAUGAAACCUACGACUUCCUUGUGUUUGAUGCACUGGUAUUUAUUAUUUCUUUGAUUGGAGACAUCAAGUUCCAGCAUUUCAACCCUGUACUUGAAACUUACAUUUACAAGCACUUCAGUGCAACCCUGGCAUAUGUGAAACUCACCAAAGUCCUGAACUGCUAUGUGGGAAAUGCUGAUGACUCCAGCAAGACAGAGUUGCUGUUUGCUGCUCUGAAAGCCUUGAAGUACCUGUUCCGAUUCAUCGUUCAGUCACGAAUACUGUACCUGAGGUUUUAUGGGAAGAGUGAAGAUGGGGAUGCGUUUAACGACGCGAUACGGAAGCUGUUCCUCUCCUUCAACAUCCUCAUGGACAGGCCCCUGGAGGAGGCUGUCAAGAUCAAGGGUGCAGCUUUAAAGUAUUUGCCAAGCAUCAUAAAUGAUGUCAAACUAGUAUUUGACCCUGUUGAGCUCAGUGUCCUCUUCAGCAAGUUUAUCCAGAGCAUUCCUGACAACCAGCUGGUUCGACAGAAGCUGAACUGCAUGACCAAGAUAGUUGAGAGUGAUCUGUUCAAGCAGUCUGAGUGCAGAGAUGCUCUCCUGCCACUGCUCAUCGACCAGCUGAGUGGCCAGUUGGAUGACAACUCAAACAAGCCUGACCACGAGGCCUCCUCACAGCUGCUCAGCAAUGUUCUUGAAGUCCUGGAUCGGAAAGAUGUGGGCCCCACUGCUCUCCACAUCCAGCUGAUCAUGGAGCGCCUGCUCAGGAGAAUAAACCGCACGGUGAUCGGGAUGAGCAGACAGUCCCCACACAUUGGCAUUUUUGUGGCCUGUAUGACAGCCAUCCUGAGGCAGAUGGAUGAUUUCCAUUACAGCCAUUACAUCAAUACUUUCAAAACCAGGCAGGACAUUAUUGACUUCCUGAUGGAAACAUUCAUUAUGUUUAAGGAUCUGAUUGGAAAAAAUGUCUAUGCAGCUGACUGGAUGGUCAUGAAUAUGAUGCAGAGCAGGGUUUUCCUGCGGGCAGUGAACCAGUUCACCUCCGUGCUCAACCGGUACUUUCUGGAUCAAGCAAAUUUUGAACUCCAGCUCUGGAAUAACUAUUUCCAUUUGGCAGUGGCCUUUCUCACUCACGAAUCCCUCCAGCUGGAGACCUUCUCACAAGCCAAACGCAACAAAAUCAUCAAGAAGUAUGGGGACAUGAGGAAAGAAAUUGGCUUCAAAAUCAGGGAUAUGUGGUAUAAUCUGGGUCCCCACAAAAUAAAAUUCAUUCCAGCAAUGGUAGGGCCAAUCCUGGAGGUGACCCUUGUCCCAGAGCCUGAGCUGAGGAAAGCCACCAUCCCCAUCUUCUUCGACAUGAUGCAGUGCGAGUUUAACUUCAGUGGGAACAGAAACUUCCACAUGUUUGAAAAUGAGUUGAUAACCAAGCUGGAUCAGGAGGUGGAGGGUGGCCGAGGGGAUGAACAGUACAAGAUUUUACUGGAGAAACUCCUCCUGGAGCACUGUCGGAAGCAUAAAUACCUGUCUGCUUCUGGAGAGGUGUUUGCUCUGCUGGUCAGCAGCCUCCUGGAGAACCUGCUGGACUACAGGACCAUCAUGCAUGAUGAGAGCAAGGAGAACCGCAUGAGCUGCACUGUCAAUGUGCUGAAUUUUUAUAAGGAGAAGAAACGAGAAGACAUUUAUAUCAGGUAUCUCUAUAAGCUCCGAGACCUGCACACAGACUGUGAGAACUUCACAGAGGCAGCAUACACUCUCCUCCUCCAUGCAGAGCUGCUCCAGUGGUCUGAGAAGCCAUGUGUCCCCCAUCUCCUGCAGAGGGACAGCUACUACGUCUACUCACAACAGGAACUUAAGGAAAAACUCUACCAAGAAAUUAUCUCCUUCUUUGACAAGGGCAAGAUGUGGGAAAAAGCCAUUCAGCUGAGCAAAGAGUUGGCUGACAUGUAUGAAAACAAGGUCUUUGAUUAUGAGGGACUUGGUAAUCUCCUGAAAAAACGAGCUACUUUUUAUGAGAAUAUCAUGAAGGCAAUGAGACCUCAACCAGAGUACUUUGCUGUUGGGUACUAUGGCCAGGGCUUCCCCUCUUUCCUCCGGAAUAAAAUUUUUAUCUACCGUGGCAAAGAGUAUGAACGAAGGGAGGACUUCAACCUGAAGCUAUUGACCCAGUUUCCUAGUGCUGAGAAGAUGACCAGCACUUCUCCUCCAGGAGAAGAGAUCAAGUCUUCUCCUAAACAGUAUGUGCAGUGCUUUAUUGUGAAGCCUGUGAUGAACCUGCCACCUAAUUAUAAAGAUAAACCUGUUCCUGAACAGAUCUUGAACUACUACAGAGCAAAUGAGGUGCAGCAGUUCACACACUCCCGACCAGUCAGGAAAGGAGAAAAGGAUCCAGACAAUGAGUUUGCUAACAUGUGGAUAGAAAGGACAACCUACACGGCAGCCUAUUCAUUUCCAGGCAUCCUGAAGUGGUUUGAAGUCAAGCAGAUUACAACAGAAGAGAUCAGCCCUUUGGAGAAUGCCAUAGAGACAAUGGAGCUCACCAAUGAGAAGAUCAGCAACAUUGUCCAGCAACAUGUCUGGGACCGGAGCCUUCCUGUGCAUCCCCUCUCCAUGCUCCUGAAUGGGAUCGUGGACCCAGCAGUCAUGGGGGGAUACACCAACUAUGAGAAGGCCUUUUUCACAGAGAAGUAUCUUCAAGAACAUCCUGAAGAUCAAGAUAAAAUUGAGCUGCUGAAGCAACUGAUUGCUCUGCAGAUGCCACUGUUGGCAGAAGGGAUUAGGAUCCAUGGUGAGAAGCUGACAGAGCAGCUGAAGCCCCUCCAUGACAGACUGACCUCCUGCUUCAAGGAGCUGAAGAAGAAGGUGGAGAAGCAGUACGGUGUGAUCACCUUGCCUCCCUCCCUCACUGAGAGGAAACCCAGCAGGUCUGGCUCUGUUGUGCUGCCCUACAUCAUGUCGUCCACGCUGCGGCGGCUCUCGGUCACCUCUGUGGCAUCUUCUGUGGUCUCCACAUCUUCCACCUCAUCUGACAGCACUUCCUCCAGACCAGGUUCAGAUGGAUCUAUUCUGGAGCCUCUCUUGGAGAGAAGAAUCUCAACAGCUUCCAGAGCUGAGGAGCUGCCCACGAAAGAUGAUGGUGAUAACAGGAUCAGCAAACUGAAGCGGAAGGAUUGGAGUGUUAGCAAGUCCCAGGUUAUUGUGGAGAAGGAGCCAGAAGCAGAACUGACUGCCAAAAUGGGCAUGUCAGGAAAAGCACCAAGGCCAAAGAGCCUUCAACUGGGAGACAACAGACUGACCUUGCUGCAGGGCUCCUCACUCCAGCAGUCAUCACCUUGCAGCCCACCACCCAUCACUCCCAAAACCCCAAGAACCCAGAGUUUUCCAUCCUUGCAAGCUGAUGGAUUGGCAACUGGUAGUUUACAGAGCACCCCACCCCCUCCUCCACCCAAAAGCAAACCCUAUGAGAACAGCAACCCCAGGAAUUCUGUGGAGGUUGCUCCACCACUACCCAGCAGACGUGAAGCCAAACCUCCCCCCCCACCCCCCAAAACCAGAAAAUCCAGUGUGGUGUCUGCAGAGCCAGGACUGCAGUGA